GUGGCCGGAGAUUUAAAGAGCUCCUCUCAGAGGUUUACAGAUCAACGAAAGCUGCUGUUAGACGCACAGAUCGCUCCUGAGCGAGCGGAACUUUACGGUCCGAUCCGAUGUAAACGAGCUGAGCCGGACACGAGAACUGAACCUGCAGCACCGAGAGCUGCAUCCUCCGCUCACACUCCUGCAGAUUUUACAACAUGCAUAUCUUACAGCCCUACUGCAUCAACAGGUGGCCGGAUGUGCCGAAGAGAAAGAGCAAGAACAGCCAGUGUUCGGUGAAGAGCGUGUCUGCUCUUAGUGUCUCUGUUCCAGGGUACAUCCCCAGCUACCUGGAGAAGGAUGAGCCGUGCGUGGUGUGUGGGGACAAGGCGACGGGCUACCACUACCGCUGCAUCACCUGCGAGGGUUGCAAGGGUUUCUUCCGCAGAACGAUCCAGAAGAACCUCCAUCCAGCGUACUCCUGUAAAUACGAGGGCUGCUGCAUCAUCGAUAAGAUCACGCGGAAUCAGUGCCAGCUGUGCCGCUUUAAGAAGUGCAUCGCUGUGGGCAUGGCCAUGGACCUGGUGUUGGAUGAUUCGAAGCGCGUGGCCAAGCGGCGUCUGAUCGAGGAGAAUCGACAGAAGAGGAAGAGGGAGGAGAUGGUGAAGACGCUGCAGACGAGGCCGGAGCCAAACACGGCGGAGUGGGAGCUGAUCAGGAUGGCGACCGAAGCCCACCGGCACACCAACGCCCAGGGCUCUGCCUGGAAACAGAAACGCAAGUUCCUGUCGGAUGAUAUCGGUCAGGGUCCGAUGGUGUCCACGUCAGACGGAGAUAAGGUCGACCUGGAAGCCUUCAGCGAGUUCACAAAGAUCAUGACUCCGGCCAUCACGCGCGUCGUCGACUUCGCCAAGAAGCUGCCCAUGUUCUCCGAGCUGCCCUGUGAAGACCAGAUCAUCUUGCUGAAAGGCUGCUGCAUGGAGAUCAUGUCGCUGCGCGCCGCCGUGCGCUACGACCCGGACAGCGAGACGCUGACGCUGAACGGCGAGAUGGCCGUGAAACGUGAGCAGCUGAAGAACGGCGGGUUGGGCGUGGUGUCGGACGCCAUCUUUGAUUUGGGUAAGAGCCUGGCUCAGUUCAACCUGGACGACUCGGAGGUGGCGCUGAUGCAGGUCGUGCUGCUCAUGAGCUCAGACCGUCCGGGGCUGACCAGCGUGGACAAGAUCGAGCAGUGCCAAGAGGCCUACCUGCUGGCCUUCGAGCACUACAUCAACCACCGCAAGCACAACAUUCCCCACUUCUGGCCCAAGCUGCUGAUGAAGGUGACGGACCUGCGCAUGAUCGGAGCGUGCCACGCCAGCCGCUUCCUCCAUAUGAAGGUGGAGUGUCCCAACGAACUCUUCCCCCCGCUCUUCCUGGAGGUCUUCGCGGACCAGGACGUGUGACUUAAUGUUGAAACCAAGGCACACCCCCCCCCCCCCCGGAAAAAGGACUCUGGACACAGAAAGAGGCUUUGGGGGCAGAGGAAUCGUGGGGGGAAAACGAGAGAGAAGAAAAACUGGAUUUUGUGUUUUCUUCAGUGGGAACGUGCCCUGUAAACUUUAUUUUUUUGUCCCUUUUUUUCUUUUUGUCAAACACCCACAAGACCCGCCACCUGCCACCAGCAAACACACACCGACUUCAGCAGAGAGAAACACUGUCAGUCUGAGAGGUACACACACACACACACACACACACACACACUCAGCAAACAGGUCCAGACACACACUGCCAUGAGCGUACAGUGCAAACAUAUGCAAACACACACCUCUCCACGCCACUCCUGUUGCACCUGUAUGGACAAACAGCUGUACUCACACACUCACACACUCACACACUCACACAACCUUUUUUUUAUCUCUGGGACCUGACCACUAGCUCCUCGGACCACCCCGCCCCCGCCAUCUCACACACACCUUCCAGGCGCCCUCCGCGCC